AUGCAAAAGGAGCAAAUAGUCCACAAAAUUAAUUGCGAAGGGGUGACGAAAUGUUUGGGGGAAGAAACAAACCAGAUUGGCAAAACGAAUGAAGAGAGUGAGAAAAGCAUAUUGUCUGUCCCAUCCACUAGCACAAACAGCGACUCUGUUAAGUCUGAACAAGCAACCACUGACACCUCUUCCCUCACAUCAUCUUCCAUGAUACGGAGUAACAUAAAGGCAAACAUCAUAUGCGAAAGGUGCCUUCUACAAAAUAGCUAUGGCCAUACAUGUGAUUUUGCAAAGGGGCACAGAAGAGGUAGGAGUUGCCCCCCCUUAGGAGAAGCAAACAAAAUUAUCUUCAACAAAUCUGCGUCCUUUGGCGGUACUGUUCCACACAGCUAUGAAAAAUUUCGAGACCUCAACGAGUUCAUUUGGGCCGAACAGGAAGACGCAUAUAAGGGAAAUUAUUUAAAGGGGGAAACAAAUUACUCAUCACAAAAGUCCCACUCACAAGGUGGAGAGCUGCUUUCUGCAUGGGGUGGUGAUGAUCCACUUGAUGGGGGUGUCUCAACAAGGAAAGAACAUAAGCCGACGACAAAAGGGAAGGUGGCACUCCUUAGGCGGAAGACAGAAGAAAGCACCUUGACAGAUCCAGGCCGCAGUGAGGAUAACUCCUCACCUGUAAAGCCAAGAAAAUGGAAAAAAAGGGGCAAAUCGCUAGACGUUCCAUCAUGGGACCACAAUGAGGACCACAAUGAGGAUCACAAUGAGGAUUACAAACGAGAGCGAGUUCCUCUCACCAAGUGCAACUCCAGUUAUUUCAAUAACAGGGGAGUUAUAAUUUACUUAUAA